CAAGUGGGUCUCUAUACUUAACAAUUCGCUGUGGCUCCUGUAGUUUCAAGGUCUCUCUUCUCACACUGCACUGCGGAAGUCCUUUCUCCUUCCCCUUUUCGUUUUCUCUGUCAAACUUUACUUCUCACUGUUGGUCCAACAUGCCAUUUUUUCAUAUUCUUCUGUGGCCAUAAAGAUUAGUUGCUAACAGUUCUUUGUCAUCAACGUUUGUGAGAUAGGAUAUGAGGGCAUGACUAACGAGAAUGCUAUGUAUGCACCUGUAAACCAAAGUAACCUCAGCUGCUAUUCAUUAAGUUCUCCUUCCUCUAUGUCUUCUUCGUUAGGGAUGGUUGCAGAAAUGGGUUCUCUCUCCCUCACUCGCCACUAUGGAGUAGCGUCAGCAGUUUCUUCUUCGCAAGAAAGCAAUCUCUCCAAGAAUUCUGAGUUAGAAAAUAGGAGAACUUGUUGGGGUUUUCCAUUCAGGGGGAACUCCAUUGCAAGAAGCUUUGAAGAGCACAACAACAGCAAUGCUGGAGAGAGUAAGGACUCUGACAGCAGAGAUGGUUUUGGGAAAAAUAAUGAAAUCAUGGAUCAGAAUGUCGACCUAAAUGAUAAGAACUCGAAUGAGAAUGUGAUGAGUGGGAAGGAAACAGAUACAGGGCAGUCGAAACUUUGUGCUAGGGGGCAUUGGAGGCCUGCAGAGGAUACCAAGCUCAAGGAACUUGUGGCUCUUUAUGGCCCUCAGAACUGGAACCUCAUAGCUGAGAAGUUAGAAGGAAGAUCGGGUAAGAGUUGCAGACUGCGAUGGUUUAACCAGUUGGACCCAAGGAUCAACAGAAGAGCUUUCAGUGAAGAAGAAGAAGAAAGGCUUAUGCAAGCGCAUAGAAUUUAUGGAAAUAAAUGGGCCAUGAUAGCUAGACUUUUCCCUGGAAGAACUGAUAAUGCAGUGAAGAACCAUUGGCAUGUUAUAAUGGCUAGGAAGUACAGAGAACAAUCCAGUGCUUACCGGAGGAGGAAGCUGGGUCAAUCUGUUUACAGAAGGAUGGAGGAAAAUCCUAGCUUUGUCUGCGGAGAUGCAGCCACAAGAACAGAAGCACUACCAUACUGUCUCAAUUUCCCCGGUGGAGGACUCAGUAAUGUUACUCCUUUCCCAUUUGGGACAUUUGAUGGUGCCAGUAAUGGGGUUGAUUUCGGCUUAAAUGGUUCCCCCUCCAUGACCAGUGGAGAAGCAAUUUCAAGCAGCAUGCUUCCCUAUAGUGGUUUCUGUGCACAACAGACGUCUUUUGAUUUCUUCCCUGGUCCCAAGAACAAUGACACUAGAGGCAGCUUAAGCCAGGGCAGGUCUUGGGAUAGACCAAGUGAUGGAGCUCACGUGUCUGGAUUCUAUCCCCACCACCCUCCGUUUUUUAUGGCAAUGCAACAGUCAAACAACCACAACCCUUACAGUUUCUUAGAACCGUCAACACCAGCACCUCAAGUUUCAGCCAGUGAUCCUUCUUCAUCAUCAGCUACAGAAAGCAGAGUUGCUAACCAUUUUGAGACCAUUCCACCACCAUUUAUUGACUUUCUUGGAGUAGGAGCCACAUGAAAGUAGAAACGAUAAAAAAAAAAGUUGAAAACGUUUUCACAGAAUUAUCGAAAGAGUGCCUCAAUGUGGAUGUGAUCCAAGAUAAAUGAAGAAGCCAUUAGAGGUAAACAGACAGGAUUGUUGUUCCAGUUGGGUGACAGUACAAAUCUGCAUCAGUUUGUUGAAGUCUUGUCCCACCAUAUAUCUUUUUCUUGUAACCCCCCUUGCCUUAUGAUACUCUUCUUUCCAAGGUGAAGGAGCAAGUUAAAUGUUUGUUUGUCAUAAA